GUUUGGCCGAACCCAGAAACAGGAAGCCGCACUCAUUGAAACUCUAUAAAGUGAGACUACCUCUCAGGAGCAUUGUUGAAAACGUGGGCGACGCGGACAGGAUAAAUGCGGUUAAGCGCAAGUGAUGAGGACAUAGUGCGAUUAGCAUACGACAGCGACAUGCUUCCACAGAGAUGUCCAGAGAUGUCCAACUGUGUCUGCGCUGAGGAAGCAGCAGCCCAAAUCCCGAUCCGCCUCCAGAUGCGGCUCCUGAGCACGGCACGCUUAAUAUCCGUAUCCAUAAUCUUGCUGCUCGUCAUGGUUCUGGCUAUACUGGUACUGCUUCUGUUUGGGUCACGGGCAUCGUCACACCAAAGCAAGGAACUGGAACCAAGCCCACCCAAUCUAUCUGAAGCUCGAAGAGAGAAACAGCAAUCGGCUGAAGAUUUGCCACACUCAAGUGCCCUGCUAACAAUCACUGAACGAAAACCUUUCCCUGAGUGGCAGGGGGAAGAUGGUAACGCCCACAUUACAGGACAUAUGACUGUGUCUGAUGGGAACCUUAGUGUGCCCACUGAAGGCCUGUACAGGCUGUAUCUGCAGGUCACGUUUGGCUUUGAUCACAAACAAUACGAAAUAAGGCAACAGUGUGAAGGCAGUGAUCCCAUCUGUGACAAAGACCUGAUGUCCCUGCAGAUCUAUGUGCAGAGCUUAUCCAAGAGUUACAUGUCCUUCAGGACCCUACUGUUCAGUGAGGAGACCAUGAGCUGCAGCCAUGACUGGACUAAAACCAUGACCACGACUGGGACGUUUCUGUUGGACGCUGGCACCAAACUCCGAGUGCAGUUACUGCACAGUGAGUUCGUCAUUGACCAAGACACUCGCACUUUCUUUGGGGCUGAGCUGAUUUUUCCUAUCACUACCUAAAGCACUGA